CGUGAGGCCUCGUGUCGGGAGGGGAACAGUUGUGAGUUGAGUGCUGUAGUCCUGUCUGUGGCUGUCAGUCCUGCUGUUCAUGCCACUGUCAGUGCCACUGUCAGUCAAGUCAAUAGGAGGAGGAAACCAAUCGGAUGGUGAGCAAAGCUUGAUUACCUGCUGAUCAAUAGCUUGCACAGAUGUGGAGGCCGCUAAAUACUUUAAUUUGCUAUUGAGCAUCAGCCCUCCGCCUCGUUCAUACGGGCAGUCGAGUGUCGCCAGUCAGGGGGGGCCUCGGGGGUUACAUAGGAAAACCAAUCCAAAGCGUGGUGUACUAUGAAUCUGAAGAAGAGAGUUUUCAUUAUCGUCGUCUCCUGUCUGGCAGUCUUCUCCGCCAUGGUAUUUCUGGUCAGUCUUCCCGGUCAGCUGUCCCUGGCCCUUCGAGAAGAUUCCGACUGCAGCAGGAUGGAGACAAUACCCUGGGAGCGCAGAAGCGUGUCCACCAUGCGGGAGGACUACGUGAAGCCCACCCGGAUCAAGCUGGACUUUGUAGAAGAGGGUUUUCUCUACCAGAACUGCUGUGGCAGACCCAAUGAAACAGCCUUCAAGUUUAUAGAGCCACCCCAGUACCUAGACAACAGCAAGUCGCCAUGCUGGUACAACUCCUCUGGGCUGCUGAGCUGCGUACCCUACUUCUUCGUGGUGGGUGUCUUCAAGUGCGGAACUACCGACCUGUUUAAGCGAAUCACCAGGCACCCGGAUGUGCUGAUGGGUCAGAAGGAAAUCCACUGGUUCACCAAGUUGCGGCGCUUUGGUUACAGCUUCGACUGGUACAUCAACCAGUUUGACCCGCUGGCUCGAGCAAUCGACGCAGAUAUCAAGCGAAAAGGAAGGUCUGAUCUGGUGAUUGGAGAAGGAAGUGUGAGUUAUUUCUCCGACACACUCAUGUGGCCAAAUCUCUAUGGCAACGAGUUUUGUGCAGAGCCCCGACACACGGUGGCCGCUCAUAUUCACCACCUGAACCCCAAGGCAAAGAUCAUUCUUAGUCUGCGAAACCCCACCGAGAGGCUGUACAGCAAGUACCUAUUCACGGCCAAGUCCAGCGAGCUGUUCAAGAACCCCAGUCCGCAGCAGUUCCACGAGUAUGUGGGCAAGUCGGUCCGCUACUACUCCAAGUGUUUGGACUCCAUGUCCGUCCGCGUCUGCUCCUACAACCACACCCUGGCUAGGAGAACAAAGCUGAUGAUCCACGAGGGCAUGUACUCGGUGUUCCUGGAGGACUGGUAUCGCGUCUUCCCCCGGGAGCAGAUCUACGUCGUGCGCAUGGAGGACUACUCGCUGGACAUGGUGGGCGAGCUGCAGAAAAUCUACGACUUCCUGGACCUGGGUCACCUACCGCAGACAGAGAUGGAGGAAAUCGCCAACUUCAGCAUCGUCAACGCCGGCAAGAACUACGACGUCGGCAACAUGAAUAAUAAAUCCUACUACCUGCUUAACGGCUUUUACAAACCGUUUAACGAGCGGUUAGCGCGCCUGAUGAAGGACAAGAAGUGGCUGUGGAAAGACAGUGACUAAUUUGUCUGUCAGUUUAGUGACACAUGGAGAUCAUUAGCUACGCAAGUUUAGGUUUAGUGUGAAUGGCAAUCACUCAGUCGUCAUCCUCGAGUGAAUGAGUGGACAGGUCAACGAACGAUGGUGUGAGUGCGAACAAACAGCAAUCACAACAGUUCACGUCUGCCAAGAUAUCAACUGUUGUGCAAGUUUGUGCAAGUGUAUUAAAGAAAAUAUACAAUAGCUACACCAAUCUAUCACUUACCUGAAAAAAGAUCUGUUUGCCUUUAUCAGCGAGGAAUUGUGUGUCACGUGACCAGAGUAGCAACAGCUGUCGACUAUUUCACUCGCCUUGUCCUCUCUCACUCCUAACCACAAUCAUUGAUAGUUAACUCCCCUGUUAACUCCAUAGUUAGCAGCCAGAAGUAGUCCGCACCCACGGGUUUCCUUAACCUGCAGGGUUAGCAAGGAGUCUGUGACUACAACAAUGGACUGUACAAUACUUACAGUGUGUAGCAUUAUAUUGUACAAUACCUACAGUCUGUAGCAUUAUAUUGUACAAUACUUACAGUCUGUAGCAUUAUAUUGUACAAUACCUACAGUCUGUAGCAUUAUACUGUACAAUACCUACAGUCUGUAGCAUUAUACUGUACAAUAGUUACCGUGUGUAGCAUUAUACUGUACAAUACCUACAGUCUGUAGCAUUAUACUGUACAAUACCUACAGUCUGUAGCAUUAUAUUGUACAAUACCUACAGCCUGUGACUACAAUUGUACUGUACAAUACCUACAGUCUGUAGUAUUAUAUUGUACAAUACUUACAGUCUGUGACUACAAUUGUACUGUACAAUACCUACAGUCUGUGACUACAAUUGUACUGUACUAUACCUACAGUCUGUAGCAUUAUAUUGUACAAUACUUACAGUCUGUGACUACAAUUGUACUGUACAAUACCUACAGCCUGUGACUACAAUUGUACUGUACAAUACCUACAGCCUGUGACUACAAUUGUACUGUACAAUACCUACAGUCUGUGACUACAAUUGUACUGUACAAUACCUACAGUCUGUGACUACAAUUGUACUGUACAAUACCUACAGCCUGUGACUACAAUUGUACUGUACAAUACCUACAGUCUGUAGUAUUAUAUUGUACAAUACCUACAGUCUGUGACUACAAUUGUACUGUACAAUACCUACAGUCUGUGACUACAAUUGUACUGUACAAUACCUACAGCCUGUGACUACAAUUGUACUGUACAAUACCUACAGUCUGUGACUACAAUUGUACUGUACAAUACCUACAGUCUGUGACUACAAUUUACUGUACUAUACCUACAG